UACAUCUCUGAUCUGAAACUCUGUGGUUUCAUUGCUUAGAGUAGAAGAAAGCUGAAAGGCAACCAACCAAUUACAGUGAGAACACAAAUGCCGCCGGAAAAGAUCGUUCUGCUCUCUCUUUUGGCGCUGCUUUUGACGUCGUUGGUCGAUGGCGGCGAAGCCAACGGUCUGAUGCUCACUCUGGAAAGAACGGCUCACGCCAACGCCCGACUUGGCGUAACUCAACUCAGACACCGAGAUCGACUUAGGCACCGUAGAGUUUUACAGCAGCGCGGGGUUACUGAUUUCCCCGUCGAAGGCACUUUUGAUCCUUUUCGCGUUGGGUUGUAUUUUACAAGAGUCAAAUUGGGGAAUCCGUCGAAAGAAUUUUAUGUACAGAUAGAUACUGGGAGUGAUAUGCUAUGGGUGAACUGUAAUCACUGCUCGGGUUGUCCUAAAUCCAGUGGGCUCCAAAUAAAACUGGAAUUUUUUGAUCCUUCAGCCUCAUCGACAGCAAAGGCAAUCUCGUGUUCUGAUGACAGGUGCUCUUUGGGAGCACAAUCUUCUGAUUCUGGAUGUAAUGAUUAUAACCAAUGCGGAUACAUGUUCAAGUAUGGUGACGGCAGUGCUGCAUCAGGGUAUUACAUAUCGGACUCCUUUCAUUUCAACACAGCAGUUGACAGUUCAGUGACUUCAAAUUCUUCAGCCCCUGUUGUCUUUGGGUGUAGCACGGUAGUGUCUGGUGACCUUACCAAACCAGAUAGGGCAAUUGAUGGUAUAUUUGGUUUUGGACAGCAAGGAUUAUCUGUGAUUUCACAACUUUCUGCACAAGGAAUCACACCAAAUGCAUUUUCUCAUUGCUUGAAAGGAGAAAAUGGUGGUGGUAUAUUGGUGCUUGGUCAGAUCGUGGAGCCAAAUAUUGUUUACACUCCACUUGUUCCAUUAGAGACGCAUUACAAUGUAAAUCUUCAAAGCAUAGCAGUAAAUGGGCAAACAUUAAACAUUGAUCGGUCAGUGUUUUCAGAGUCGGAGAAUGGAGGAACUAUAAUUGAUUCAGGGACAACGCUGGCAUACCUUGCAGAAGAAACUUAUGAUCCCUUUGUGACCGCAAUUACUCGAAGCGUUUCACAAUAUGUUCGCCCGCUCCGAUCAAAUGGUAGCCAGUGCUAUCUCACUACCGCCAGUAUCUCUGAGAAGUUUCCUCCAGUUAGUUUAAACUUUGCUGGUGGUGCAGCGAUGAUCUUACGGCCAGAAGAUUAUCUUUUGCAGCAGGAUUCUGUUGGUGACGCUGCCAUGUGGUGCAUUGCCAUUCAGAAAAUUGAGGGUCAAGGGAUUACGAUUUUAGGAGAUCUCAUCCUCAAAGACAAGAUAGUCGUGUACGAUUUGGAUGGCCAGAGGAUUGGAUGGACCAAUUAUGACUGUUCAUCCCCUGUAAAUGUAUCGACCAGAAGUAGUCGGGAUAAAACCGAAGUUUCAAAUGCCGGACAAGUGGAGCAUAAGAACUCAGCACAUUGCAAGCUUUACAAGGUAAUACCAACCUCCAUGUCCAUGAUACCUUUGCUGCUUCAAACCACAUUAUUAUAUUGCAUUCUACCAUUUUUGUGGAAUUGAUUGUUCCAUUUAUGGCAGUUUCAGUUGUUAAAUUUUACAUUAAUUCUUUAGUUCCUUGUUCUUAUAGAGAGCCAUAAAGCAAUAUAGAUAUAGAUAUAGAUUUUGUAGUAGAAAUGAAAUCUUUUUGUGUGACAGAUUGAAGCCUUUCGGGUAGCUGCUCAUUUUUUUGUUGUUGCUUUGAUUUGGUUUCAUC